UAGAGACGGUGAAGAAGGGUUACGGCUAUACAUAUAUCACGGAUCAGUCCAUCAAGUCUUCAGACGAUUGGAUCCUUUCGGACAAAAGCAUGGCUGACAAGAGCUCUAUCUUUGGACAAACAAUUAGUCCCGUCAUCGACGCUGUGGGCACUUCUUCGCCGGCCAUAUCUUAUGUUGUAUACAACGAUCAGCCGCCAGAUUCCUCGACAUCGAGUGGCGCGCAUUCAAAGGGAUUGUUUGCCAUCGACUCAAACACCGGCUUUUGGUUAAGCCAUUCGGUGCCACGAUUUCCAGCUGUGGACCAGUCGUACGACUUUCCCGAUAACGCGCGACACAACGGCCAGACAGCCAUCUGUAUGAGUGUUGGCGCUGACGACAGCGAAACCGUCAAUAAUAUAGUUUACCAGUUAUUGAUGAUUAGGCCUAAGAUCUACGGAAUCAAUAUUCUCGACGAUUUGAUCGACAAAUCAAAACUAUGGGACGAUUUGGUGCACAAGAAGUGGAUUAAAACCGAUACUCAAAGCCAAUUGUCUGUUAAGACUAUAAACGGACUCGAUUUAACGAGUUUUGCCAAAAGUAGUAAAUAUGAUAAAGACAUCUACUCUGCACUCAUCGCCACGGCUUUCAAAGAAGACUUUUUGGUGCAGAGCUGGAGGAACGGCGCCGGAGAGAAGUUGCCCUCCGAUUGCAAAGACAAAUACAAAGUGCAAAAUGUGGACCGAAUACAGAUCCCAGACAUUGGCGUCAAAGACGUGGAC